UUGUUAAUCAUUUUAGAAGAAAGUUUUCAUGAGAAAUUGAGUGAAUUUAGUAAUUAUAUUGUUGGUUUUUUGGAAAAUUUUAACGAUAGACAUUUGGGUGCAACGGAGUUGGGCAGAAUGGUGCACUAUGAAGAAUUGAAACCAAAGACUAAUAUGGAUGUUAGUAGAAAAGGCAAAAGCAUGAAGAAGAUGGGUAUGGCGAUGAUGCCGCUGGUCUUCCACGUGGGAGCCACCUCCACCUGGAUGCUGCUGACCAGCAUCAUGGCUGUCAAGUCUGUCAUCAUCGGCCUGGUACUGCUGGUGUUUAAGAUCGCUGUCAGUUCUGCUAAGGUGGCGUCGUUUUUCACGAGUUUGAAGUCAAAAUAUAGUCACCACGAUCACUCCCCUGAACACCAUGGGUAUGAAAGAAGUUUACCGGAUACCGUGUAUCACGCCGUGGAUUGGAGUUCAUACUCGCCUGAAUUUAGCCACGCAUCGCCAUACAAAACUAUACCUAUGUACAAGAGUAACGACGCUAUAGAACACGAAGAUAUUAACGAGGAAUCUAAAUCCCACAGUUAACAUUUAUACAGGUAGUUAUAAUUAU